GUACGAGAAGCAGCGGCAUAAGCGUACAAGUGGCGGGAAGCAGCGAUGGUGGUGAGGACUGUUUCGAGGUUGAAGCUCAGAUCGAAGUCGCGAAAGUUCACGACGCGAGAUUGGCCGUUGGACAAGGGUCCCUGGUCGCUAUCACGUGUGACCCCCGUUCUCGCACUGGGCUUCGGACGAUAUGAAUUUCAUUCUACGCGGCGGGGCAGUCGACGGGUACAUAGCUGGCAUCAACGCUGCUAAUAAAGCCCUCCUGCCAGACCAUGAAAGCUGACGAGCGUCAUCCUCGGCAGGAUGACCCCGCAUCAGCAAUACCAUGUCCACACUCAUAAAAGCGACUUCACGGACGUCUCUUCCCUUCAAAGGGUCUUCACUUAGCCGUGGAAUCAUGAGCUCUCGCACGCCCACACCUGCAUCAAUCCUUGACGCUCUCAAGGCCUCACUAUCCUCUGGCCCGAAGAAGCAUGAAGAUGAAUUCUACAAUCCGCGACCACAGACAUACUGGUACUACAAUGGCUCAUCCUGGAUCUCCUCCUCGUCCUCCUCAUCCUCCAUUCUCCCAGCACCGGCCGCAAGUCCUCUAAGCCCCAAAGCCCUCCGCCUGAUGUCAUGGAACAUCGACAUCCUCGUCGACUUUGCCGAAGAACGCAUGAGCGCCGCACUAUCUUACCUCUCCGACCUAGUAUCCUCAACGCCAGCCUCGAUCCCCGUAUUGAUCUACCUGCAAGAAAUGGGCACCUCAGACCUGCGGCAAAUCAGAGAAGCGCCAUGGGUGCAACAGCGCUUCUACAUCACCGACUUCGACCAAACAAACUGGCUCUUUGACUUAUGCGGCACAACGAUGCUCAUAGACCGGCGCCUAAAAGUCUCCAACGUGUUCCGGGUGCCCUGGUACAGCGCACUCGACCGCGAUGGCUUGUUUGUCGAUAUCCCGCUAUCCUCCAACAGCAGUGCAGAAGCAAAAGUAUUACGGCUCUGCAACACACAUCUUGAAUCUCUCGUCGCGGACCCACCCAUCCGGCCCGUCCAAAUGGAAAGCGCGGGCAAGUACCUCCGCGAACCGCAAGUCGCCGCAGCGCUGCUAGCAGGCGACCUGAACGCCAUCCAGCCCUUUGAUCGCACCCUGCAUUCCGAAAACGGCCUCCUAGAUGCUUAUCUCGAGCUCGGGGGCAAGGAAGACAGUGACGAUGGGUAUACAUGGGGCUAUCAGGUUCCACAGGCCCUGAGAGAUAGGUUUGGGUGUAGCAGGAUGGAUAAGAUCUUCUUCAGAGGAGGCCUGCGUGCGGAGAAGUUCGAGCGGAUAGGCAUGGGGGUUAAGGCCGCGGAAGAGCAUAGGAUCAGUAUGCGGGACACUGGGCAAGAAGAAUAUGUUACGGAUCACUACGGCGUCAUGGGCGACUUUACGUUUGUAGACGACUGGCGACUAGUGAUUGACGGCGACGACAGCGGGGCUGCGGGGUCGAAGUUGGCAUGAGACAGAGCAUACUGAACUUUUGACGCGCAGUCCCAUUCACUAUAUCCAGGCUACACAUACACCAAACCCCAGGACGCUCCGACAACGCCAGUCUCAAGAUAAUACCGACGACUCCACCCAAAGCUCC